AUGGUUCAAAUAGAGACGAAGGAAGGCAUCGAGAAUCUCGAGAAGAUCGCAGCUUUGGAUGGGGUUGAUACGUGUAGUCGCCCGUGGGCGUCAGGCUCGUGGUGUCUCCAACUUCUAUUACUCGGUCCUGCGGAUCUCUCGAUGGCAUAUGGAUACCCUAUUCUGAACCCUGAUUUUCAUCCAGAGGUAGAGAAACUUAUUCAACACAUGAAGGACGUUGCACAUGCUGCUGGGAAGAAAUGGUGGACCUUCUUUGCUGUUAUUGGGAACUUGCUGACGUCGAUAUAG